AUGGCGGAGAUUAGUUGCACUUAUCUGAUUGUGGGAGGUGGGAUUGCCGGGGUUUCGUGCGCGGAAGCGCUCGCGUUUUGGGCCGAUGCUCGGGAUAGUGUGGUGUUGCUGGCGGAAUCGUCGCUGGUGAAGGCGGCCACGAACGUGGUGUCGCUGGGGAAGGUCCUGACCAAGUUCGACGUUGAAGAGAAGGACGGGAGUAGUUUGGGUGGGAACAUUCGGGUGUUGGAAGAUCAGCUGGACCGGGUUGAGAGUGAGGGACACUUUGUGAGCACGAGUAGUGGGAAGAGGAUCAACUAUCGAUAUUUGUGUCUGUGUACCGGAGCACGUCCCAAGCUGAUCGGGGACAAUCCGAACGUGAUUGGGAUUCGCGACACGGAGUCGGUGCAGGAGUUUCAGAAGCGGGUCAGCAACGCCACCCGACUGGUCGUGGUCGGGAAUGGAGGCAUCGCGUCGGAGUUGGUGUACGAAAUCAGCGGGAUUGAGGUGCACUGGGUUGUUAAGGACGAGUACAUCAGCUCGACGUUUGUCGAUUCCGGUGCGGCGCGGUUCUUCCAGGAGCGACUCACGGAGAAGGUCCAGGAGAAGACGGUCCUAAAGCGGAUGCGAUACUCAGAGGAGAAGGCGGGUAGUUCGUCGCGACGAGGAGCUGCACUGGGACCGGAUUGGCACCGCACUGUGGACAUUUCCGGCAAGUUGGAGCACGUACCAGACUCGGUCAAGAUUCACUACGCUGUGGAAAUAAAAGAGCUUGCAGCUCAAAGUGAAGGCUUCCCGGUAAAACUGACCCUGUCCAACGGGGAAGUCAUCGAGUGCGACUUUGUCGUGUCCGCGACGGGGGUCACUCCGGCGAUCAGCUUCACUUGCGAUCGCGAGUUCGCUCUCGGUCCGGACGGCGGCCUCCUCGUCAACUGGGAGAUGGCCACAUCCCUGCCGGAGGUUUACGCCGCCGGGGAUGUCUGCAGUGCCGGCUGGGACCCCGCCCAGCACUGGUUCCAGAUGCGCCUGUGGACGCAGGCCCGCCAGAUGGGAGCGAUGGCCGCGCGGGCCAUGGCGGCCAAACGGGCCGGCGAGACGAUCUACCAGGACUUUUGCUUCGAGCUGUUCAACCACGUGACGCAACUGUUCGGCUACCAGGUCGUCCUGCUGGGACGGUACAACGGCCAGGGGCUGAACGACAAGUACGAGGUGCUGCUCCGGAUGACGCCCGGCCUGGAGUACAUCAAGUUCGUUCUGGUUGACGGGCGACUUCAGGGCGCGAUGCUGAUCGGCGAAACGGGACUCGAAGAAACGUCCGAAAACUUGAUCCUGAACCAGCUGGAUCUGACGCCGUACGGGGACGACCUGCUCGAUCCCAACAUCGACAUCGAAGACUAUUUUGAUUAGUGCACUAGUUUCAAGG